CAAUUGGCCUUUGUUGCUUCAGCUAUCUAUACAUUAUUCGAGCUGCGCUGUUCCUUGUGGGUUAUAUGUUCUAUAUGUGUGCACGACAUUUCUGUUUUUCUAUGCGUUUAGUUCCUAUAUGGAAGGGGGUCGUGUGGUUAGGCCUGCUCGUUGACGGGAUCGCCGAUUGCUAGAGCGUAGCAGCGCUUCUCUUAGAUGUAUGGUUUGUUGCGGUUUGUUUUUUUUAGAUGCUUUAGAUUUUAUAUCUUUUCCUGGGUGGAAAGAUUAAAUCGUCUGUUGCUUGUUUAGCAUCUUCCUCUAAUUCAGCUGCCAGCGAAUAUGUUUGGGAGACUGUUGCUCCACCCCAUCAGGGUAUGUGAUUUACUGAUCUGUGUGCGACUGUUGUUGUGGCUUGUUUAUAUUUAUGUAGUCGUUGCUCAUAUAUUUUUCUCGCUUUAGUAGACGAUGGAUUUUUCCCUAUCUACCCUGCAUGGUAUUCUUCAAAAAGACGGCAAAUGUGUUCAAAAAAAUUGGCCAUGAAACGAUUGGAGGCUACAGGCAAAAAACCUUGCCGUAUUGCUCCUGUCUCUUGCAACAAGUUUGACAGUGAUUAUGCCAAGUUUUUAAGAGAGACUUCAAAGGAUAGGUGCGAUUAUGGCCCUCCUGAGUAUCGCUGCCGUAUGUGCGCUGCUCAGUUCUGGUACCAGGAACAGUGCAAGAAAGAUUCUGCUAUUACCAAGCGCCGUGUCUGUUACAACCUUUGUUGCAAAGGCGGGAAAAUUUUUGUCCCUCCAUUUGCGCAGCCACCAGAACCUUUGAAUUCACUUCUUAAAUUUGAUGGAGAUGCUCGAAGUAAACAUUUUUUGCAACACAUACGUCAGUACAAUUCGCUGUUUUCUUUCACUUCGAUGGGUGCAGAUAUUGACGAUAGUUUAAACCAGGGUGGUGGUCCUUAUGUCUUUAAAAUAAAUGGCCAGGUCUAUCACCGUAUAGGUUCGCUCUUGCCUAAUGAAGAUAAUCCACCAAAAUUUGCUCAGCUGUAUAUUUAUGAUACUCAAAAUGAGGUCCAAAACAGAAUGCUUGCUGUUCUUGGUGAAGAGAAUGGUAGCUGUGAUCUAGAUCCUGAGAUAGCUGCUGAAUUGCUAGACAUGCUAGACAAUUGUAAUCCUUUGGUUAAGCAGUUUAGGCUCACGAGAGAUCGGCUGGCUGAACACGGUGAUGAACAAUUAGCAAUUAAGAUUGUAGGCGCUGAUGAGGAAGGGCCUGUUCAGCCGAUGAACUAGCUGGGUUAAUUGUAAGUGAUUUUUCAUUGGAAAAUGCAAAACGUGAUAUAAUUGUGCAGAGCAUUCCUGGUCCACUCCAUCAUGUAUCUAGCUUGCAUCCUGCUUACAUGGCCUUACAAUACCCACUGUUAUUCCCAUAUGGUGAACGUGGUUUUCAGCUUGGUAUAAAUUUGAGGGGGGUUGAUUUAAAUCGCACUGAUAUACGUACUAAGGCUUCCAUGCAAGAACAUUAUUGUUACUGUUGCCACUAUCGUCGAGACCAGUUCAACCCAUAUUUAUGUUGCGGUCGUUUGUCCUCCCAAAGUCAAGUUGAUGGUUUUGUGUGUUUUGAGGAGGGUAGAUUGACAUUUAUAGAUGAACACCAGGGCGAUUUUAGAUGCGAACACGUUCAAGGCAUUGCAGAUGCAGUCGCCAAAGGUUGUUUAGACGGUAAUAGUGUUGGUAAGCGACGAAUUCUCCCUGCAAGUUUCACUGGCGGGAGAAGAUAUAUGUACCAAAAUUAUCAGGAUGCGGCUGCUAUUUGUCGUGUGUAUGGUGCCCCUGAUGUGUUUACCACUUUUACUUGUAAUCCGAAAUGGCCUGAGAUUGAAGAAGCAUUGCGCAUUGAGCCAGGGCAGCGUUCGACAGAUUGUUCUGACAUUGUUUGUAGAGUUUUUAAAAUGAAACUUGAUGAGAUGGUUUCUGAUAUUAUGGCUGGUGUUCCAUUUGGUCGUGUGCGUGCUGGUUAGUGCUCUUUUUUUGCCCUUAACUUAGCUGUGCUCUUUAUGGUCUAUUGUUUUAUUGAUUUUUAUUUGGUUGUUUUGCCUAUGAUAUGUUUGUAGUUCUUUAUAGCGUGGAAUUUCAGAAGAGGGGCCUUCCCCACGUGCAUAUACUGGUGUAGCGUGAUGCACCAAGCACUGACGCCACACCAUUUGUUGUGGAUACAUACAUCAGCGCUGAACUUCCUGAUCCUAAUGAAAAUGAGCUUGAUUACUUACUUGUUGAGGAAUUUAUGAUGCAUGGUCCUUGUGGUGAUGCCAAUAGAAAGUGUGCUUGCAUGAAAAAUGGGGUUUGUUCUAAAAAGUAUCCAAAAGAUUUUGCUUCCGAGACAACUGUAGAUGAUAAAGGUUUCAUUGUUUAUAGACGGCGUGACAAUGGUAGAUUUGCAUAUAAAAACAAUGUGAAACUUGAUAAUCGUUCAGUUGUUCCGUACAAUAUAGCGCUGCUGCGUAAGUUUGAGGCUCAUAUCAAUGUUGAGUGGUGCAACAAAUCUAAAAUGAUCAAAUAUCUUUUUAAAUAUGUCACAAAAGGGUCUGAUCAUGCCAACAUAAAGUUU